GGUGUUGACAGUAAUGUAAAACUAUUUGAACCACAGUAAUUUUCUUUUUAGAAAAUCGGUGACACAACUGAAUGUUCCGGGAAGGACAAUUUUUUUGAUUUUCUUUUUUAUUUUAUUAUCUUUUAUUUUGUUAUAUAAGGUUAUUAUAUUUUAACUAUUAUCACAGUAACUGAUUAUCCUGGACCAAAUAAAACCUUAAGAUGGUACCUUUCUUACAAAAAAGUUAAGAAAUAAUUUAAUAAACGCGUAAGAGUAAGCAGGGGACAGCGUAAAAUUACCCUUUUUUCAAUUGUUAUUUAUAAUUAACUUAACUUUAUUUUAGAUUUUGUCAUAGUUUUUGUUAAAAAAACAAAAUAUUGUAUACGUAUAAUCACUUUGAUAACAUAUAUAAAUAAUUCUGGCAACUACUUCAUUAUAUAGAAUUUAAUGAAUUCGAGGGACAGUUGAAAAUCAGGGGGGUAUACAUUUUUGUGAAAAUGCCCUUGUAACAACAGUGUGAUUAUUUGGAUAAACACGGCUCGAAGUCACAAAAAGGUAAGUUGUUGAUUUUUUUAAAUAGGUAAAGUGUUUCAAUUUGUUUAGACGCAAUUUUCGUGUUAUGAAAUUACGCAAUUUAUAAUUCAAUUUCAUUGAUGAAAUGUUACAGUUUGUAUAGUCACAGUUUGCGUUUAUUUUUUUAGAGAUUAAUCCAAUAAGGUUUAUCUCUAGAGUGUAACAAUUUUUUUAGUCACAGUUUUUCCAUGUGUUAUGAGUAAAUUAAAUCAUACACUUAAUUACACUAGUGGUAUAUUUACGUUAGUCACGGUUUAUUUCUUUAAGCACGGUAUCUUUUGUAUAAACAUUUAAGAAGUAAAAUAUUACAUUUUGUUUAAACUCCAUUUAAUAUUUAAAUUGACUCCAUAAUGUAUGAAAUUGUUAAUGUUACAUUACAUAUUUGUUUUAGUAUCACUUUACUACUAACAUAAAUAAAAGUUAUACAUAAUAGGAACUAAAUGUAUUCCUGUUAAAAUGAACUUUAUGUUAAUAAUUGAUAAAUAUAAUAAAACUAUUUGCUUCAGGUCAUGGCACAUUACCGAAACCCGCGUUUGUCACGCAUUAUAGAAGCUAUGGAGUCUAAAAAACAUUUUGUAAACACAGAAAAUCCCAAGCAAAUAUCCAUGGACGAUCUUUAUAAUAAUUUUUCACGCGAUGCAAACCUGAAGCUUCAGAAGAUGUUAUUGUACCAGGUCCUAGCAGUAGAGCAAGAUCCCAUUCAACUAGCUCAACAUCAUCUUCGAGUUCAUCAUCAACAAGAUCAACCUCAUCAUCUUCAUCUAGUGCGUCUGAAUCGGGUAAGGAUUUUUCCCCUGAUGAAGCAGAUUGUGAUCCUGAUUACAUACCGGAAACCCCACCACAGCGUGUAUCGUUUAGCCCAACGCCUCAAAGUAGUAUUUCUGUGCCACUAGUUGAAGAAAAUAAUUUGGAUCUUCCAGAAGAAAACAGAACUCCGAUAUAACGAAGGCGGAAAGGUUUUAAAAAGCUAUCCAUGAGGCAAGAUGCUAAAAGACUUCGUAAUAGUGGUCAGCAAUAUAGAACUGUGUCUAAGUCUAAAAAAGUCAUUCCAAAGAAGCAGAUAGGACCACCAUGCGGGGCAAAAUGUAGACUAAAGUGCAGCGAAAUAAUCAAACAGGAAGACAGAGAAAUUAUUUUUGACAAUUAUUGGAAAAUGGGAGAUUUAUCCAGACAAAGAGAUUAUAUUGCAAAGUGUAUUGAUGUUAUAAAACCUAAAUAUCAAUAUAAAAUUCAUAAUAGUAAUAGAGGACCUAAACAUUCAUUUUCAUUCGAAAUCAACAAUUUUAAGCAUCGUAUCUGUAAACUUUUCUUUAGGAACACAUUGGCCAUUAAUAAUCGACCUAUUGCAACUGUUAUAGCAAAAAAGAACCAAGCGGGAACUGUUGAAGAAGAAAAAAGGGGUAAACACGGGAAACAAUACAAAAUAAGGUCAGAUAUUAUUACAGGAAUAAAAAACCAUAUAGACUCAAUACCAAGAAUAGAAUCCCAUUACCUAAGACAGCAAACGACUCGUGAAUUUAUUGAUGGGGGUAAAAGCAUUACAGAUCUUUAUACCGACUACCAAACGAAAUGCUUGAAUGAUGGUGUUGAAGCUGCUAAAAUUCAUACCUACAGGAGAGUAUUAAAUGAAGAUUACAACAUCGGCUUUCACACACCUAAAAAAGACCAGUGCGAACUAUGCAUUAGCUUUAAAAAUGCUGUUAAUAAAACAGAGUUACAGACCAGAUAUGACCAACACCAGCUUGAAAAAGAAUUAUGUCGCCAGGAAAAAUCAAACGACAAAAUAAUGGUCCAGGGAAACUACAUUGUUACCUGUUAUGACCUCCAGGCAGUACUGCCUCUACCGAAAGGAGAUGUAUCUACCUUAUAUUACAAAUGUAAGCUCAAUGUUUGUAAUUUUACAAUAACCGAAUUAGCAAAAAACUAUUGUGAUUGUUUUGUUUGGAGCGAGGUCGAAGCACUUAGAGGAGCUAACGAAAUAGCAACGUGUGUCUGGAAAUAUCUGACAAAGAGGGCGUCAGAAAUAAAUGAUAAUAAUUUGCAAAUCACAUUUUAUUCUGAUAAUUGCUGUGGCCAGCAAAAUAACAAAUUUAAGUUCUCUAUGUAUGUAUAUGCCUUAACUGUUCUUAAAAUAAAGUCCAUUACACACAAAUAUUUAAUUAGUGGCCAUACACAAAACGAAAACGACUCUGUUCACUCUGUGAUAGAAAAAGCCGUCACAAAGUGCUUACGUUCUGGUCCUGUGUACACACCAGAUCAAUAGGUGACCAUAAUCAGAACUGCACGAAAGAAAGGCAAUCCCUACAAUGUUACUGAAAUGUGCUAUUCAGAUUUCGUUGAUAUAAAAAAUCUUACAGAGGCAUGCGGUGGUCAAUUUUCAAAAAAUACUGAAGGAGAAACAGUUAAAACAAGUGACAUAAAGAUAAUUAAAUUUGAAAAACUUGAAGAUUCGAACCACAUUAGCAUUUAUUAUAAAACUUCCUAUUUAGAUACAGAUUUCAAAGAAAUAAAAUUCCAUAAUAAUCGUUCGUCGCGAACACGUACGAGCACUAAUCUUCAAAAUUUCCAGCUAAGGCCUUUAUAUCAGUCAAGAUUGAAGUUAAGUGAAAGAAAAAACUGCGAUUUAAAAAGCUUAAUUAAUAGUAAUAUCAUACCACAAAGUUACGCAUUGUCUUAUUACAAUAACAUCUUGUUUUAGCCUUACUUAAUAUUAUUAUAUUGAUGAUUAUUAUUGAUUUAUGAACACAAUUUUGUGAGAAUGUCUUUAUAUUAAGUUAUUUAAAGAUAUUUUGUUUAUUUUUGUUAAAAAUAUUAUAAGGUAUGUCAAUAGAUUUGACUCAUUUUUUUAUUAAGUAAGUGAUAAUAAGUGAACAUUACUUUUUUUAGUUCAAUCACCUUUCGUGGAUAGAGAAAUAAGGCUGUGAUUAUUACUAUGUUUUUUUUUUCUUUUUUUUAUUCCUAUUUCAAGUUGUUUUGUUUCUAGACAAAGUGUUUUAAAAUGUUAUAGCAUAAGAUAAUUAAAAGUUGAGACGGACUAGCUGUGAUUUAAAGGUACAGUUUUCUUAAGACUGAUUGAUAAAUAAUAAUUAUUCCAAGUGAUUGUAUGGAUCUCUCUUUGUUUUGUAAUAAAUGAUUAUUAAUUU